AGCUCGAAAAUUAGCCUUGAUGCUGUCCACCAGUACUGAGUAUGGGGGGGGGGGCAAAGUGGCCCCCUCUGAGUAGAGAACUCAAUUAGAACCAGCUCAUCGCCUCACACUGGGCCAACCGGACACUCAGGGGAUGGAAAAGCAGAUUCAUUUCGCAAGGCAACGGGAUAUUCUACAGCUGCAGCGAUGAAGAUUCUCUCUCGCUCUGAAGUUCUUCGAAAGAUGGAUCUUGUUCUGCUGAUGCUGGUCUGCCUGCUAGGAGAAGUGAGGUCACAAGUGAACCCAGGUGUGUGCCGCUAUCCAUUAGGCAUGACAGGUGGACAGAUUGAGGACGAAGAUAUCUCCGCCUCCAGUCAGUGGUCCGAUUCCACUGCGGCUAGAUACGGCAGGCUGGACUUUGAGGACGGGGACGGCGCCUGGUGCCCGGAUAUGACCGUGGAACCGGACAGUCCCAAGGAGUACUUGCAGAUCGACCUGCGCUCGCUGCACUUCAUCACCCUGGUCGGCACGCAGGGCCGCCAUGCCGGCGGCAUCGGCAAGGAGUUCGCCCAGAUGUACAAGAUCACGUACAGCCGGGACGGCAAUCGCUGGGUCUCCUGGCGCAGCCGGCAUGGACAGCAGAUAAUCGAGGGCAAUAAGAAUGCCUAUGACGUGGUGCUGAAGGACCUGGAGCCGCCCAUCAUCGCCCGCUACGUGCGCUUCAUGCCGGUCACCGACCACUCCAUGAAUGUGUGCAUGCGGGUGGAGCUGUACGGCUGUGAAUGGCUGGAUGGCCUGGUGUCCUACAGCGCCCCUACUGGUGAACUGAUGAUCUACCGCAGCCAGAACAUUCCGCUGAAUGACACUGUUUACGAUGGCUCGUUGAGCUACAGCUCCAUGAGCGAAGGCUUGGGCCAGCUGACAGAUGGCACGUGCGGCCUGGAUGACUUCACCCACAGCCACAUCUACAGCGUCUGGCCCGGCUACGACUACGUGGGCUGGAACAAUGAGAGCUUCCCAGGAAACUAUGUGGAGAUCGUCUUCCAAUUUGAUCGCAUUCGCAACUUCACGACUAUGAAGGUCCACUGCAACAACAUGUUUACGAAGAAUGUGAAGACAUUCAGGCAGGUGACGUGCUACUUCCGAUCCACAUCCGAAUGGGAGUCAACGCCCGUCACUUUCAGCCCCGUGGUGGACGAUGUCAACCCCAGUGCGCGCUUCGUCAGUGUCGCCCUCGACAACCACAUGGCCAGCACCAUCAAGUGUCAGUACUACUUUGCUGAUGCCUGGAUGAUGUUCAGCGAGAUCACCUUCCAGUCAGAUACUGCGGUGUAUAACACAACACUUCUUCCACGCAAAUCCAGCGCCCCACCCAGCACUCAGCCAGGAGACGACCCCACGCACAAAGUGGAUGACAGCAAUACUAGAAUUCUGAUUGGCUGCUUGGUUGCUAUCAUAUUCAUCCUGGUGGCCAUUAUCGUGAUUAUACUGUGGCGGCAAGUCUGGCAGAAGAUGCUGGAAAAGGCCUCCCGGCGGAUGCUGGAUGAUGAACUGACAGCCAGUCUGUCCAUCAGAAGUGACACGUUCACUUACAGCAACAACAACCACUCAUCGGUGCCCAGUGAGCAAGAGUCCAACUCUACUUACGAGAGGAUCUUCCCUCUGGGGCCCGAUUACCAGGAGCCCUCACAGCUCAUCCGCAAGAUGCCUGAGAUUCCCCAGUCCAUGGAGGAAGCCGCAGGAAUAAGUGUGCCGUCAAAGUCGUCUCAGGCCAGCGCUCAGGAAGGUGUCCCUCACUACGCUGAAGCAGAUAUCGUGAACCUCCAGGGAGUCACCGGCAGCAACACGUACUCCGUACCUGCCCUCACCAUGGAUCUUCUCUCCGGGAAAGACCUGGCUGUAGAGGAGUUCCCCCGAAAACAGCUCACCUUCAAAGAGAAGCUUGGAGAGGGACAGUUUGGGGAGGUGCACCUGUGUGAAGCAGAUGGCAUGCAGGAGUUCAUGUGCAAAGACUCCUGUUUUGACUUCAGCGACGAUCAGCCCGUCCUCGUGGCCGUGAAGAUGCUGCGCGAAGAUGCAAACAAGAAUGCGAGGACUGAUUUCCUAAAAGAGAUCAAGAUCAUGUCUCGGCUAAAGGACCCCAACAUCAUCCGUCUGCUGGGCGUGUGUGUCCAUAGUGACCCUCUCUGCAUGAUCACAGAGUACAUGGAGAACGGCGACCUCAACCAGUUCCUCUCCCGGCAUGAACCCGAGAGCCCCCUGGCUCCGCUCAGUGACACUGCGUCCCUCAGCUAUGGCAGCCUUCUGUACAUGGCCACCCAAAUCGCUUCGGGCAUGAAGUACCUGUCCUCCCUCAAGUUUGUGCACCGAGACCUGGCCACACGCAACUGCCUGGUGGGGAACAGCUACACCAUCAAGAUCGCCGACUUCGGCAUGAGCCGAAACCUGUACAGCGGGGACUACUACCGUAUCCAGGGCCGUGCCGUGCUGCCCAUCCGCUGGAUGGCCUGGGAGAGCAUCCUGCUGGGCAAGUUCACGACAGCCAGUGACGUGUGGGCCUUCGGCGUGACCCUGUGGGAGAUGCUCACCUUCUGCAGGGAGCAGCCGUACUCACAGCUCACUGAUGAGCAGGUCAUCGAAAACACCGGAGAGUUUUUCCGGGACCAGCAACGACAGAUCUACCUUCCCCAGCCUGCCAUGUGCCCAGACACCAUCUACAAGCUCAUGUUGAGCUGCUGGAGGAGGAACACGAAGGAGAGGCCCGGCUUCCAGGAGAUCCACCAGGUCCUCCUGGAGGGCCAGGAAAUGAGACAAGAAGGGGCACAAGAGCAAGGCCAGGAUUGGGGACUUGGCAGUGCGUGUCUGCUGGACUCUCACACUCUCUGAUGCAAACAGCAAUUCUGCAGGGCGAGAUGGCACUCAGCAACACGUUCUCCACGUAGGAGCAAUGUGACUGCCGUGUAAAUAAUGUUUAUUACACUUUUUAUUAGUCUCUUUGUACACACAAGUAGGUUCCAGAAGAGUCUGAGAAAUUUCUGAAUGAAAACGUAGCAAUGGAUUAUCAGGACCUUAAUAGCAAACCAUCUCUUUAAUUUAUCGUUGUUGUUAUUUCAAAAGAAUUAUGACGGACAACAACUGCAACACAACUCAUAACAAUUUCCGACUCUUUUUUAAAUUUUUUUUUAUUGUAGACCAGAAAAUGUUAAAGAAAAAACAAGAACAUUUUAUUCAACCGUUCGUCUUGUAGAUAAGAAAUUCGUUAUCAGAGAGAAAAUGGCAGCCGUUUUUAUGCAAGACCAUUGAAAUCAAGAACUUCAUUGCAUCUGUCUUAUUAGUCUUUGACAACCUUUACUGAAGUAAUAUGUAGAUCUUGUUAUAUAUGUAUGUUAUAUAUUUAAAUCCAUUGUUAAUUAUUUGUUUAAUAUACUUUUAAUUUAGUUUCUGCCAAAUACUCUUAAAUGAUAUUUUGUAGUUUCAUCUUCAUAGCGUGGAUAUUGUUUUAUUUAUACAUAUAUAAAUAAGCAUAAUGAAGUAGCUUUAGGUAAAUUUUGUAACAACUAGCAAGUUUACUAAAAUGUUAAAGCGAUGUUUAAAAAAUAAUGAUCGCUUAUCACCAAAGGCAAAAUCUGAUAAAGAAGUAGAUUAUUAUGUAUUUAUUUCUUCUGAUCUUGAAAUUUUUUUUGUCGUUAGACGAUUUCUGAAAUUGCUGCUAGAGCGGUGGCUUGUAACCCCUGUCUUUGGGAGGCAGCGUUGGGUUCAGGCUUCAGCUUGUAGCAACGUGCUAGCAGUUUAAGCACGGAGAGUGAAGAGUCUCAGGCCUUGUGUAUUCAGCUGAGUGCAGUCAGACCCGCAUGUGCUUCAACCCAUCUUAGCACCUGCUCUUCUAGAGUAAUAUAAACUAGAACUGGACAGUAAAGUUGCACUACUACGGUUCCAGCCGUUGAGGGCUACAGCCCCGUGAAUUUUUACAAUUAGCUUUUGAAAUGCUCUUUAUCGUUAAAUGAACCAAAUCGCACAUCAGAGUUGGGCCCUCAACGAUCGGAAUAGCCUAGUCCUGCACUAGAUUUAAAAAAUAAAAUGUCACAUUUUAUCUGCCGAAUCAGUUAAUAUUAUAUAAUAUAUUAUGUUGAAGAAAGUGGCAAGAAUAUAGCAGUCAAAGAUUCUAAGGUUGCACAGAAAAAUCAACUAAUUCAGCACAACAGAAAACGUGCUACAGCUAACAAGUAGAGAAAGAUGCUUUAAUAAAUGCAUUAUGAGUUGUUUUUUCUUUUUAGACAUUACCUUCACCUUUGUGCUAUCUAUUCCAUCUCCUCACCACAUCUUUAGGGUGGUGAUGCUUAGAAAAAUAUCUGUCGAUCGUGGCGGCCUAUGCUAAUCAUUCAACCUUUUAUGUUCAGUAGUUAGACUUUUUUAGACCAAAGCUGGUACAAAGCAUGUGAGGUCAUUGCAUACCGGGAUGCUCGGUAUGAAUGUUGGCACGUUGUCCGUGGUUGGGAGUUUGUAACAAACACUGGUUUGCUACCGGGAAUCACUCCUGACGUCCCCAUCGGAAUGUCAGACACAGGGAAUAAAGGUGAAAUGCCUUUUGUGGUAUUUAAGACUUCAGGAUGGAACCAGCUUUAUGAGACUAGUUUAUUGGACUAAAAUGUGCUUCCUGGAUUUAUACUGAAAGUGUAAUUGUGCAGAAGUUUUUAUGGGCAAUGGCUUCUGGUAGGUUAGAAGUUAAGAAAAUGGAUUCGUGAUCGAAAGGUUAAAGCACGGUGUGGAGAAAGUGUACGCUUAUGCAUUACUUGCUUCAAUAAAUUUUUCAGCCCAUCGAAA